AAUUUAGUCUACGAUUGGCACUUCGAAAAAGAAGUUGUAUUUAAGCCGGGGUGUGAAUGUGAGCUGCGCAUUCUUGGGGAAACCAAGUAAAUUCGAAUUCAGAAUUGUGCCAUUUUCUCUAAACACACACACAUACACACCGAUCCAAUGAAAAUGCAGUGAGAAAUCUGCACUUUGAUGGCCAAUACAUACAAUUUAUAUAUCUUUACCUGUGUAUCUGUAUCUUCGAAAAUAUGUAGCUAUGAAAAUAUUCGUGUAUGCUUUAUGAUUGCAUAAACAAUUAGAAACGAAAUGUGUAUAUACGCGUAAGGAUUUGCCGAACUGUCAUUGCAAAAAAAAGAAGAAAAAAAAGGAAAAUGUUUCGGGCCUAAAGUUUAAUUACAAAGUAUACGAAUUUGGGAAUAAUGGAACCGAAAAGAUGGCACUUGCAUUUAUCAUGUUUUUUGCUACUCCUUAGUUCAACGUUUUCGGAUGUCGGGAAAAUCACGUCUUCUCAAAAUCACUUUGGAAACACUUUACAAAGUCAAUUUAAUACAAAAAACAAUACCCGUGUUAUUGCACAAAAAGGAGGGCUUGCCAUUUUACCCUGUGUGGUCAAAGUUAACUCCCCAGCUACGGUUUCUUGGAUACGUAGAAAGGACUUUCAACUCCUGACAGUGGGACUCAGUACCCACAGUAGUGAUAAAAGAUUCUUAGUCGAACAUACACGUCAUAUGGGCCAUUGGUCACUUAGAAUAAAAGCUGUAAGAGAAGAAGAUCGAGGAUUUUAUGAAUGUCAAUUGUCAAUUUAUCCAACUCAGUCAAUAGUUAUAGAAUUAAAAAUUGUCGAAGCGGUAGCGGAAAUUUCAAGUGCCCCGGAACUCCACAUUGAUGAGACUUCUACUUUACGUCUUGAAUGCAAACUGAAGCGAGCUACCGAGAACCCUGCAUUUGUAUUUUGGUAUCAUGAUAGUAAAAUGAUAAAUUAUGAUUCGCAAGGUGGAUUCGUUGUGACCUCGAUUGGGCAAAGUAACCUGCAAAAUGGUCAGGUUUUUAGGAGUUCGCCAGCGAACAAAUCGCGCGUCACGAUGCCAAUAGAAUCCAGCAAUGGCGUCCUUGGCAACGUCCUUGGAAAUCCAGAUAACUUCAAAACUUCCAAUAUACCAUCCUCAACUCCCUAUAUGCAACAACAUCAAUCCGCUUAUCUUCAGAAUCCUUCAGUUAGUGUCCUUACCGUGAAACAAGUCAAUUUUCGUCAUGCUGGCAAUUAUACAUGCGCUCCAUCAAAUGCCCGUCCUGCUAGCAUUACAGUGCAUGUUUUAAGAGGUGAGAAAACGGCGGCAAUGCAACACGCCAAUCGCAGUAUUUUGGAUUCCGAGAACAACGGCAACAGCACUUUUGGAUUAAUCACUUUGGGUGGACUGAAUGGAACCUCUGGCGUAACUCUGACUGGAGGUCUUUUGUACUUCUCUGGCAUGUUCCUGCUAAUAUCCGCGGUAGUAUUAGAUCGAUUCUCGUUAGCAGUAACUCACAAGGUAUUCUUAGCAUUUAUAAUAGUCCUUUUGCAUAGCUGAAACCUAUAACUGACUGGUUUUGGAAUGGAGCAACUUCAAUCAUUCGAAAAUAUUAAAAUGAUAUUUGUUUUAAAAUAGAAAAUGUAAAUAGACCAUUAACAUACCAUAUUAAAUAUGCGUAAGCAUUGUAAGACAUUUACGUACUCUAAGAUUAAACUGUAAAUAGACUUCCAUUACAUGCAAUGUAUUGAAUUGAGAAAUUCAUGAACUUGUUACCACAAAACUUAUAAAUGCAUACUUAUGUCAUAAGUCAUAAGAGAUUGAAAACUGCAUAUUUUAAUGGUUAAACGUGGUACGAUAAAAUGUAUGCUUAGAUGUUCAUAUUUAUUGACUGGUACUGACAUUUUAAUGUUACAAACAAUGGAAUUAGCAUAAAAUAACGAUAAAGCCAUAAAGAUUUGUUACCUAAUAACUCGAAAAAUUUGAUCGUCACCUUUAAACUGUUAUUCUGCUCAGUGUUCGAUAUUUAGUAUAUAGAUUGAUUUAUGUAAGCACCUUUAGAAGUAUGCUAAUUCAUAUACUGUAUGUACAACUGUAAAUAAAUAUUACUUUCGUGAGCGUUUACAAAGGCGCUGUCUUGAAUCCAAA